UCUUUGCUGACUUGGUCCCUCCCCUUCACUGAGCUGGUUUAAGUUCGGUGAAAACGAAGUGCAGUGCAGUUUGCAAACUGAGUUCGCAAGGUGACGAGAGCCAAGGAGUCCAAAUUUCAGUUUCAUUUCAGGGAUGAGAAAUGGCAGCGAGAGGAGUUCAGCUGGGGCAGGAAACCAUGCGUUGUGCGAUCUGUCUGGAUCUGCUGAAGGCUCCUGUGACUGUUUCCUGUGGACACAGCUACUGUAAGAACUGUAUUAAUUUCCACUGGGACACAGAGGAUGAGAAGACGGUCUACAGCUGCCCUCAGUGCAGAAAGACCACCAUGAAGAGGCCAGUCCUGAUGAAAAACACCAUGUUAGCAGAUUUGGUGGAGCAACUGAAGAAGCCUGGGCUUCAAGCUGCUCGUGCUGACCACUGCUAUGCUGGAGCUGAAGAUGUGGCCUGUGAUGUCUGCACUGGGAGGAAAGUAAAAGCUCUCAAGUCCUGCUUAGUUUGUUUGGCUUCUUACUGUGAGGAACACCUCCAGCCUCAUUACGAAUCACUUGUAUUUAAAAGACACACACUGGUGGGCCCCUCCAAGAAGCUGCAGGAGAACGUCUGCUCUCAUCACAAUGAGGUAAUGAAGAGGUUCUGUCGCACUGAUCAGCAGUGCAUCUGUUAUCUCUGCUGUGAGGACCAACACAGAGGCCACGACACGGUCUCAUCUGCAGCAGAAAGGACGCAGAGGCAGAAAGAGCUCGAGCUGAGUCAACAAAAAAUCCACCAGGGAAUCCAGGGCAGAGAGAAGAAUGUGAAGGUGCUUGAGCAGCAGGUGGAGGCUGUCAACCGCUCUGCUGAUAAAGCAGAGGAGGACACUGACAAGAUCUUCAAAAUGCUGAUCCGUCUCCUGGAAAAAAGAAGCUCUGACGUGAAGCAGCAAAUCAGAUCCCAGCAGAAAACUGAACUGAGUCGAAACAAAGAUCUACAGGAGAAGCUGCAGCGGGAGAUCACUGAGCUGAAGAGUAAAGACGCUGAACUGCAGUGGCUCUUACACACGGAGAAUCACAACCACUUUCUACUCAACUACCGCUCAGCGACACUCAGUCCGCCUCCAUUCUCAUCCAGGACCAAUGUCAUACUGAAACCCUUUGAGGAUGUGAUAGUAGCUGUGUCAAAGUUCAGAGGUCAACUACAGGAUCUCCUGACUAAGCCAUGGACAGACACCACAUUUACAGUGACUCCAGACGAUGUUUUACUGCCACAACCGGAGCCCAAGACCAGAGCUGAGUUCUUACAAUAUUCAAAGAAAAUCACAUUGGAUCCAUACACAGUAUACAAACAUCUGUUGUUAUCUGACGGAAACAGAAAAGUAACAGCAGUGAGGAAAAAGCAGUCUUAUCCUAGUCAUCCACACAGAUUCAAGGAUUGGCCUCAGGUCCUGAGCAGAGAGAUUCUGACUGGACGUUGUUACUGGGAGGUGGAGUGUAGAAGUACAGGAGGAGACGUCACUGUAGCCGUCACAUACCCGAGGAAAGUCUGCGAAGACGGGACCUCAGAUGAAAUGGGUUUUGAAGUCCAAAAUGGAUGCUGGGUGAUAAAUAUUGAUUUGACAACCGCCAGAUUGGGAGUGUACGUGGAUCAGAGCGCGGGCAUUAUCUCCUUCUACAACGUCUCUGACAACAUGACUCUCUUCCACAGAGUCCAGACCACAUUCACACAGCCUCUCUAUGCUGGAAUCGGGAUCUUUUACUAUUCUGAACUUUUCAGUUUUUAUGGAGCCUCAGCCGAGUUCUGUAAACUCAAAUAGACGUGUGUUAUUUUAUUUAAGGAGCCGUGAGAUAAAUCUUGCAUUUUACUCUUUAAAAAUUGAAUCCUAAUUUGUUUGUAAAACACUUUUUUUUUAUAAAAAAAAAAAGCCAUGGUUGCAUCAUUUGCCUGCUGUUACAAGCUUUUCCAAGUCAUGGCUGUCCAGACUUGAAGAGGAUUUUUUCCACAUUAAAAA